CUCCUGGUUAAUGACUCAACAAACUCUCUCUUGAUACCCCGGUACUCGACGUGGAAAUGGCGUUUUAUUUUGAGGAGGGAGUCACAUGAGCUUCUUUUUGUCUUUUUUCAAUCUUGAUGUUCUUCUUGUUCUUGGUACUCAUGGCGCGUCUACAAAAGAUCUUGAUGAAUCCUCCCCGCUGAACGUGUUCUCUUACUUCAAUGUCAUGAAAUUGAACUGUCCCGCCCUUCCUGCAGAAGUACAUUCAUCAAUCAUUGGUAGCUCUUCUCCGACUUUCAUUAACCCCGAUCCUCAGUUCGGGUAUUUCUUUUUGUUUCUGGUAGGGGGAGCGAUUUAUGCGCUGGCGUGCGUGGUCUGGCUCAGCUCUUCUUCUCUUGGAUAGAGUUUUUGUCACUAAGUUUUAUGCCCUUAUUUAAAUAUCUUAUCAUUUUG